AUUAUUGGAUGAGUACUUCAACUGCCAGCAACUGUGUGACCAUUGUGAAGAUGACAAAUAUGAGAAUCAAGAAAAUGAUUUUCCACUUUGCCUAGGUGAAUAUAUUGUGGCUCUUGUUCUACCAUUUGAGGGAUGAGAAGAUAGUCCGAGCCAUUUCUCUCCCUCUUUGACACCAUGGAUGAUACUAUUGAACCUCCAUUUCAAGAAACCUACCCUACCCUCUUCGACAACAUCUCUGAAAAAGAAGGAGAUGAGAGCUGGCUAAGAAUGGAUGAUGUAGAAUACUGUGAACUGCCACUGGUUGAUCUUUCUCUUUUGAGUUCGAAUUCUGAGCACUUAGACAAGUGCAUAAAAGAGAUGGCUGAAGCUGCCAGUGAAUGGGGUUUCUUUCAAGUUGUAAAUCAUGGGAUUCCUCAGAAAGUUCUAAAGAACAUGCGAUAUGAGCAAAAUAAGCUGUUUCAUCAACCCUUUAGCAAGAAGGCUGAAGAAAGCUUCAUGAAUUUUUCAGCUAAUAGCUACCGUUGGGGGAACCCUUCCGCUACUUCUUUGAGGCAAUUUUCAUGGUCAGAAGCCUUUCACAUCCCUCUUACAGAUAUUUCAAGGUUGGAUGAAUGCAGCAGGACCAGAUCAAGUGUUGGGUUGUCUGCAACAAAAGCUGGGAGUUUGGCUGAAAGGUUGGCCGAGUAUUUAGCGCAUAAUCUGGGGGUCAAAUCCUCAUAUUUUCGAGAAAAUUGCCUGCCAAGCUCCAGUUAUCUUCGCAUGAACAGAUACCCACCGUGUCCUUUAUCUUUUGAGGUUUACGGCCUCAUCCCCCACACUGAUAGUGAUUUUCUCACUGUAUUAUAUCAAGACCAGGUUGGUGGGUUGCAGCUGAGGAAAGAUGGAAGAUGGCUUAGUGUUAGACCAAAUCCUCAAGUUCUAAUUAUCAACAUAGGCGACUUAUUUCAGGCAUUGAGCAAUGGAGUGUACAAGAGCAUUGAACACCGAGUGGUUGCUCAAUCAGAAGUUGAGAGAUAUUCCGCGGGGUAUUUUUAUUGUCCAUCUGAUGAAGCAGUGAUAGAGAGCCUGAGCAAGCCAGCAGUGUAUAGAAAGUUUAGUUUCGAUGAGUAUAGACAGCAAGUCCAAAAGGAUGUAAGAGCUACAGGCGACAAAGUAGGGCUCUCAAGAUUCCUCUUAUAAGAAGAAAGGAAGUUUUCUUCCUAUUUAUCACAACUUAAUAUUCUUAAGCAAGUGUAUUAUAUAUGCUUAUUGUCUAUCAAUGUGUGCACAUAUAUAGGCCAAGGACUUAUUCCCACCCAAAA